GUUGUGAGUGGACCAAAGGAGCCUUGCAAAAACCCACUUUAAAAGCCCAGCGAUGGAGCGGCUGAGUUAAAGAGACAAGAAGUAACCUUCUUUCACUCCAUGCUUACUCAGCCGCUUCCCAUCCCAAAGGAGGUUCAGAGAUGACUGGGGCUUGCUUGUUGCUCUUGCUUCUGAAGUUGUGCCAAGUCCAUCCAGAAGAGGAAAGGAAGAAUCCUGAAGGUUUUGAUGGCAGACAGGAAAGAAACAGUUCUUGGGCAAUGCAUGAAGACUGGAAACAACGGCUGCCCAAAAGCAUCAUCAUAGGUGUGCGGAAAGGGGGCACGCGGGCCUUGCUGGAGAUGCUAAGCUUGCACCCGCAGGUGGCAGCUGCCCAUUCUGAGGUACAUUUCUUCAAUGUGGAAGAGAACUACCACAAGGGACUGGACUGGUACCGACAGCAGAUGCCAGUUUCGAACCCUGAUCAAAUCACUGUGGAAAAGACCCCUGCUUACUUCUCUUCUCUCAAGGCCCCCGAGAGGAUCCAUGCUGUGGACAGCGCUAUGAAGCUCCUCCUGAUCGUGAGGGAUCCUGUGGAAAGGCUGGUGUCCGAUUAUACCCAGAUCCUCCACAACCGCAAGGCGCGCCACAAGCCUUAUCAGUCUCUGGAGCAGAUCCUCUGGAGAGGCCAGGAACUCAACACCAAGUACAAAGCCAUGCAACGCAGCCUCUAUGCUCUGCACCUGGCGCAAUGGCUGGAGUUCUUCCCUGCAACACAGAUACACAUUGUAGACGGGGGCGGCCUAAUCCGGGAGCCACUCCCCGAGAUGCGCCAAGUGGAACGUUUCUUGGGCCUGGAGCCCUACUUAGGGCCAGACAACUUUUACUUCAACCAGACAAAGGGCUUCUACUGCUUGCAGGCAAGAGGGCUUCAACAUUGCCUGGACCAGUCCAAAGGGCGACCCCAUCCCACGAUAGACGAAUUACUACUGGAACAGCUCUGCACAUACUUCAGUGCGCACAACGAGAACUUCUUUGCCAUGGUGGGACGGACAUUCAACUGGUGCUGA